UUGAUUUUAAAGCACAAUCAGUUUUUAUUGCAAAGGGACCACUCUUACAAGAUUGAUUCUCAAUUGGCAACUAAGCUAUUUUGCAGCUCAGCAACCAUUGUUGGAGACUGUUGCUUCUCUUCCCAAGAAGCAGAGAAAUGAGAAUGACCAAAAUCCUAAUUCACUUGUUUCUGCAUCUAAUAUUCUCGGGAGUAGCUCUUGGGCAAGUAGUAACAAUUCAAGAUCAAUGCUUGCCAACAAAAUGUGGCGAUUUCGGUCCAGUAAUUCGGUUCCCUUUUCGCCUUAAAAAUCGUCAGCCAACCAAUUGUGGCUACCCUGGUUUCGAAUUAUCUUGUACCAAAGACAACGUUACUCAAUUCAUGCUCCAGCUUCCAUUGCAGGCAUCUAUCAAGAACAUUGACAUUCCAAUAUCAGCCAAUGUUUCUGUUCAGGAAAUUGAUUACAAGUCACAGACAAUAAGAUUAUCAGAACUCAAUGCUUCGUGUCUUCCCAGGCAGAUUUCAAACAUAAACUCAUCUGCUUCGCUGUUUAGUUUUGAUCAGAACUCAUAUGGUGGCUUCACUUUAUUCAAUUGUUCCUCGAACAAGAAGUACUCAACGUCUUCUGAUCGGAUCAAUUGCCUUAGCAGUCCUCAUUAUGACGUCCUUGCCUUUCGAUCUUACAAUAGUAUCACUCAGUUUCCAUCUUCUUGUACAAAGAUGUACAAUAUUUCAGAUGUUCCAAACGAGGUAUUUUUUGGGCGACCAGAAUAUAGUCGCACCCAGAUUUAUUUGCAUUGGUCCAAACCAUUUUGUAGAAACUGUGAAGCUGAUGGAAAGUACUGCAAGUUGAAAUCCAACGGUUCAGGCAGUGAAACCGAAUGCGUUGACAUUCCAGAAGAUCCUAGCAAAGGGCCGUCAAAGAAAGUUAUUGUCGCAAGUGUACUAGGUAGUGUGUUUGCCUUUGCGUUAAUCAUUUUACUAGUGUACAAAAUUGUCAAAUUGAAAAUAAAGAAAGAGGAUCAGAAAAGGAUUGAGAGAUUUUUAGAGGAUUAUAAAGCUCUCAGACCUACAAGAUACAGUUAUGCAGAUAUUAAGAAGAUAACAGAGCAAUUCAAGUAUAAACUAGGUCAAGGAGGCUAUGGAAAAGUAUACAAAGGGAAGCUAACCAAUGAAAUUCUUGUUGCAAUUAAGGUCCUUAACAAUUUCAAGGGCGAGGGCGAAGACUUCAUUAAUGAAGUGGGAAGCAUAGGUAGAAUUCACCAUGUGAAUGUUGUGCGCUUAGUUGGAUAUUGUGCUGAUGGAUAUAGACGCGCUCUUGUGUACGAAUAUUUACAAAAUGACACGCUUCAGAAGAUCAUAUCAUCGGGGAAUGAAAGAGGGCCAUCACUAGGUUGGGAAAAGAUGCAACAAAUAGCUGUAGGAAUCGCCAAAGGUAUCGAGUAUUUACAUCAAGGGUGCAAUCAAAGAAUUGUACAUUUUGAUAUUAAGCCUCAUAAUAUCUUGCUAGACCAAGAUUUCAAUCCAAAAGUUGCGGAUUUUGGUCUGGCAAAGUUGUGCUCUAAGGACCAAAGUGCUGUGUCAAUGACUGCUGCUCGAGGCACGAUUGGCUAUAUUGCACCUGAAGUGUUCUCUAGGAACUAUGGAAAUGUGUCAUACAAAGCAGAUAUUUAUAGUUUUGGCAUGCUGUUGCUUGAUAUGAUUGGUGGAAGGAAGAAAUUUGAUGCUGCAAAUGAGGAGAACAGCAGUAGUCAGAUUUACUACCCCGAGUGGAUGUACAAACAACUGGAGAAAGGAGAAGAAAUAGAAAUCCAAAUUGACAAUGAAGAUGACAGCAGCAUAAUCAAGAAACUAGCAAUUGUAGGACUUUGGUGCAUUCAGUGGUAUCCAGCGGAUAGGCCAUCAAUGAAAGUUGUGAUUCAAAUGCUAGAAGGAGAAGGCAUUCCGGUCAUGCCACCUAAUCCUUUCGGCUCAAUGAAUUCGUCAAACAUGAGGACAACUGCAGAGGGAAGCCAUUUGAGCAGUGAGCUUGGAAGCAGUUUUGAAUCUGGUGCAAGUUCGAAUUGAGUAAAUCUGAGGUAUAACAUUUCUCUCCAUAAAGAAAGAAACAAAGAACAAAAUAAGACUGAUGUAAAUGCUACUAGCUAGUACUUCUUUGGUAUAUAUCCAUAUCAAUUCGGUUGUUGUAAAUUGUACCGAGUAUAAUUUAAAUAGCUGAGUUUCUCAA